AAUUAUAAUCAUAUUAAUACUUAGUGCUGGAAUGAAAAAAGGGAAAACUAGAAGUUUAUGAAGUCAAAGAGAGACAGAGAAUCUCUUUCUGAAUCUCUAUGGAACCAAAAGUCUGCUUGGAUCUGAGCAUCUUCCAAGUUUGAGCUGAAUAACGGAUCGAUAAACCAUAAACCGAUGAAAUUUGUAUUCUUUCUCUUUCUCUUUUCUACAUUCAGUCAUCUUUAAUCAUGCCUUUCUUUCUCUGUCUUACUCUUUCAUGAUUUUAGCUGAUUUUUACCAAUCACUCAGCGAUUCAACUCAAAACCUGUGAACCAUCUUACUUGGACAUUGUAUACAAACACUGUCAUUGCUUUUACCAAGAGUCAAAAACCGUUUCCUUUUUAUUUGUUUUAUUUCAAAUUAUUUUCGUGUUUAAAGGAUAAUUCAAACAGUGAAUCAACCAUGUUAGGAUUAAAAAGUGACAUUUUUACAUUUUAAUUGGUGACCAAUCAAUACAAAAUUGAAGUCAGCUUCGUUUAAGAGCUCAAUUCACUCUUAUAGUUUCUCUCUUUUGGUUUCGUGGUUAAAAAUAUUUCUUCUCAUUUGGCUUUCAACAUUGGCUUCCAUUGCAGUGUUUUGCUUGCUUUGUCUGUGGUAUGCUCAUCCUAAAGUAAAUUUUUCGAUAAAAAUGGUGUACAAAAUUGCAUUUUUAUCUGAUUAGUUGAUUAAUUAACCUAGUGAUCUCGCUAUUAUAUUUAAUGUAUCUACCUUCAUCGAUUUUUCAACCUAUUUGUUUGCCUAUUGAUGGCCCUAAAGAUGCUGACAACAAGUGAUGAACCAGCAUCUAAAGGUUUAUUAUACCUCGAGAAUUGUUUCUUGCCAUCAAUUGUAACUAACAACUAUCAGGAGACUGGUGGUCAUCGGAAUAGCCUACCAAUGAACCAAGAAACAUGGAUUGUUACAAUUUCAAACAAUUUUUAUAAAGCCAAUUAACUCAAUCAACUCUCCUGUUAUACACCAAUAUUUUACAUUGUUUAUUUAUUUACAUUUAUUUACUAACAUUGUUUUGUUUUUGAUGAAUUGGUUUUAGGGAAAACAAAGAAACCAAUCAUUCAAAAAAGGAGACAACCCAAUAAAGUGAAAGUUACCUGAAAAUGUAUAUCAAUAGGAUUGGACAGGCCAUUCAAAAGAUUCAAUUACCUAUCCGUUUCAUCCUGUUGAUGAGACAUUGUCUCAGUAACUAGCCUGCUGUAUUUAUUGUUGACAUUUUAACGAAUUUCAUCUUGUUGAUUCCACAACCAAAGAAUUUCCAUUGUGACCCAUUCACUAUACAGAUUGCAUCUUUAUUAGCAACCUAAUAAGGAUAUUGAGUUGGCCGAAUCGCAUAAUAUGACACCGUUAAUAUUGAUAUCUAGUCUAUGGUGAUUUCAACUGACCAGAGAAUUAGAGACAAAAAAUGAAUACAUCUUUUGAUUGGAGUAGGGAAUAGGAUUAAGGUUUAACCAGAAAAAAGCAAUCAAGCAAUCAUUUACUGUGGCAACUCAAGGAAAGCAAUCAACACAAAAGCUCACCAAAAAGGAAACAAGUAUCAUCCAUAUCACCCUUAAACAAUUGAAUUGUAUCUACGUUAAUACAUCAUUAGGUUAAAAACAAUCUACUUUUUAAUAAAAUCAAGUAUGGCUCAUCAUUACCACAGGAGACAGAUGAGACAAAUAGCCGAGGCUCAAGCUAAAGCCGGAGAAUCAGGAUCAUCCAGUGGUGCAACUGCUGGUGCAAGUGCCGAGGAACAACCAACCCAUCCUAAUAUAAACGAUGUUGUUCGCAUCGAGGACUGGAAUCCAAAUCAAAUUGUCUAUAGAAAGAUGGAAACUGUGAUCGAGAAAAUGCAAGAUGAACAAUUUGGAGUUCCCGUUAAAACCGUUAAAAGCUUCAUCUCCAAAAUCCCAAGCGUUUUUACUGGUAGUGAUUUGGUAACUUGGAUGAUGAAAAAUUUAGAUGUUGAUGAUCAAGUGGAAUGCUUACAUUUAGCCAAUUUAAUGGCUGCUCAUGGUUAUUUAUUUCCUAUUGAUGAUCAUGUUUUAACAGUGAAAAAUGAUUCAACCUAUUAUCGCUUUCAAACACCAUAUUUUUGGCCUUCCAAUUGUUGGGAGCCUGAAAAUACCGAUUACGCUGUUUACCUUUGUAAACGAACCAUGCAGAACAAGACUCGCCUUGAAUUGGCCGAUUAUGAAGCUGAAAAUCUUGCCCGAUUACAGAAGAUGUUUUCACGAAAAUGGGAAUUCAUAUUCAUGCAAGCCGAGGCUCAAGCAAAAGUUGACAAAAAGCGUGAUAAACUAGAGAGGAAAGUAUUGGAUUCCCAAGAAAGAGCGUUUUGGGAUGUUCAUAGGCCAGUGCCUGGAUGUGUAAAUACAACUGAAAUUGACAUUAAAAAAGCUUGUCGCAUGAAUAAACCUGUAAAAAGUAUAAAACACGUGACUUCAUCAUCUGGUGGUCGAUUAAGUCCAGUUAGUGAAAGUGCUAAAUUGGAGUUACAGAGGAAAGAAGUUGAUUAUCUUCGAAUACGUUUAGAGCAUCGAAUUGGUGGAGUUAAAUUGAGUAAAGUUGCUGAAACUUAUUGCACUUAUUUUGAUCAAUGGGCUGAAUAUGAUCCAUUUAUAACUCCUCCUGAACCAUCAAAUCCAUGGAUUAGUGAUUCAAGUGACUUCUGGGAACUGGAACGUCAAACGAAAGACGUUCCAUGUCGCCGAGUCCGUCGCUGGGCUUUCUCGUUGAAGGAGUUGUUAAGGGAUCCAGCUGGACGUGAACAGUUCAUGAAAUUUUUGGAGAAAGAGUUUUCAGCCGAGAAUUUAAAAUUCUGGGAUGCUGUACAAGAAUUAAAAUGUGUUCACUCAAAAGAUGUUGCAGCCAAAGUUCAAGACAUCUGGAAUGAAUAUCUUGGCACUGAGGCUAACUGUCCAAUCAAUAUUGAUUCCAAAUCAUACGAAACAAGCAAGAAAAAUAUGGAAAAUAAACCCAAAAGUCGCUAUAUUUUUGAUGAAGCUGCUGGCCAUGUUUACCUUUUAAUGAAAAACGAUAGUUAUCCAAGAUAUCUGCGAUCUGAAAUGUACAAAGAAUACCUUAGUGGGACAAAGAAAAAGACUUCUGUGAAAGGAAUUCGUGGUGUAAUAGCGUUCGGAGCCAAAAAAGUCGGAGAUCAGAUCGCUUUAACCGCUGCCAAUACCACAACCUCCCUAAACUAAGUCAACACUCCUCAUUUCCUAACCAUCAACAAUUGAAGCCUUCCAGAACAAUUAACAUGUUAAAAGACGAGAAAAUCAGAGAAAGCAAAAUCAAGUGUCUUUCUGUUUAAACAGAUAACAUAAUUUUGAUGAUGAUUCAUUCAUCUUUUUCAUCUUCCCUGCUAAUCUCCCAAACCUAGCCAAAUCAGCCGUUUAAGAUUCACAUGAAAGCAAAAAGCGCAGAGAAAGCAAAUACUCAAAUGUUAUUUCUUUCUCUCUUUCCAUCUCCAGCCUGAACAUUUCAUACUGAACCUCAUCUUAUUUUAAAACCAUUAGGAAUGAAUAGCAUCAUUUCAUUAUUCAUAAUCUUGUUUCCUUGGAAAAAAUGACGAUUACAGAAGAAAAUAUGAAAUGAAAGUCAGACUCAACUGAACACCAGAAAAUGAUUCAUCAAAACGCUCUCCAUGUUAUCUGUUAACCGCUUUUUGCUCUCUCCGAACUUGUACCCGAACUUGAACCCAACACCUCCCGCUUAUAAAAAACGCUAUUACAUGUUGAGGGAAAAAUGCUUUGCUCAAAAAGGUUCGAUUACUUGGCUUACCUUUUAUUCCUCCAACCAACUCCAAAAUCCUCACAAAAACACUGACACUGAACACUAAACACACUCAACCCAAACACAACCCAAAAAACCCAAAAACACUAUCCAUCAUCCAAACCCAAUUUUGCUAACCCUAAAAUUUGCUAUUUGUAUGUGCGUAUGCUUAGUUUCAAUGUAAAUAUGCCUUGGCUUUGUUAAUCUUUUCCUUUCCUUCUCAUUUUUCAUUUCCUUUUUUUGGAUUGAAUGUUUAAACCAAUAGUUGAAACUGACCCUAAAGCUGACCAUCAUCACUGUGGUCAUUAAGAUCUAGAGAUACAAUUAGCUUUUUCUGGCCAUCUUUUAAUCUCCUGCUGUGAAAGGUUUACACAAAUAAACACAUAAACCUUUCAUAUUUACUUUCGUUUGCAGUUGAAUGUUGAAAAUGUUUACAACUGUACAACAAUCAUCAUUUAUUAUCACGAUGAUUAAGGCUGAGUUAUUUCAAGAUUCACUACAAAUUAAAUUUUCACUCUUCCAUGUUUCACUUGGUUUAAACCAAUUCAAUCCUUUGAUUAAUUUUUCCUCUUAAGUUGUUUCUCCUUCAUUUAUCUGCUUCAACCCUUUGGGCAACUUCAACUUUUAAUUCAACAAAUGAAAUGCUCUUUUUUUACUUCUCACUUUUCAUCUAAUUGUUCAAUCAUUACCGUUGAUAGUAAAUCCACUGUUUUACAUUAAUAUCUUAUUUUAACUCGUUUCUAACAUUUAGAUUAAUGUAUUUAAAUAUAUCUUUUCAAUCAGUUUGAAAGGCAAAAAGUUCAUACCAAAAUUGGCCCAAAUUCAAUAUGAAUUGUCAUCAGAGGACGAAUUGGAUUGAAUUUGCCUUUUCAAAUGAUUGAUUAGUUAUCAAUAGUUUUGCACUUUCUAAUUUCAUUUUUGAUAAACUGAUUCAAUUUUCCUUCGCACAUUAAUCACACUUUAGAUCACUUUUCACACUCACAAUCACAAACGAUUCACACACAAUUUGAAAAGCCGUUUCAAUUCGAUCAGAUACAACUUUUCAAUAAAUUUUUAGGUUAAUCAUUACAUAAUAAACUUUAAUCAAGCAAUUAAAUAAGCAUUUGAUUAAAUACACAGAAAGGAAAAGAUUUACCUGAUCAAGGCUUACUUUGUGCACAUACACAUACACAAUCACAUCUCACACUCACAUCUUACAUUAAUUACACUAAUACCUGUUUCCAUGUUAAAUUACUGUUUAUUAAUUGUUGUCUCAUUUCUCUGUUUCUUCAUCAUUACAGCACAGUAACCGUUUCAUUCCCAAACUACCAAGUUUCAAUGUUUAAAAUCAUCCAAAACCAAACAAAUAUGGACUGUGAUCACAGCUGACCCUUUCAGUUACAACAAAAGUCAAAACCAGACCAAUUUAACCAGAGAUUUGGACAAAGCUGACAUUUCAAGAAUCAAAAUAUCAUCGUAAGACUAAAAACCAUUUUGAAGAGAAGCGCCGAAUAGAGCAGCUCAAUUGUUGCGAUACAAUUAUCUUGAUUGUCCAUUAAUCUGCCCAGUAAAUAUCAUUAUCAAUCAUCAGAUGAAAAAUGCUACAAAUUUUAGAGCCAUACUUUCAACUGAUUAAUGAGAAGCCCAAUAAUAAAACCAAAGCCAAUAAUAAUUGAAUAAUAAUUCCAAUAACGAGAAGCAAGUGUGCAAUUAACUAAUAACACCUCAACGUUCAUUGACUGUCCUCAUCCUCACCAAUAUCAUCAGCAGAAGCUGUAGUAAGAUUUAUUUUGCCAAUCAAAGACUCAACACGAUUAAACCUCAACCAAAAACUGUUAUUGACUAAUUGUGGACCACUGGUUAAUGAUCUUUUUUGCUUCAUUCAAAUAGUCACCUCCAUCAUCCUCAUCAUCAUCCGUGUUAUCCUCACUAUCUAUAUCAUUUCCUCAUUUUCCUCUUCUCGUCAUCUCUAUUUUAUCCAACAACACUCAUCUUCAUCUUAAGUUCAUCUUCAUCAUGGUAUUUCUUCGUCUCCUCCUGUUUGUAAAGUGUAAACUCAUGCCAAUUUCAACCUUUUUCAUCUCCCAAAUCAUCCUGAUGUAAUUGUAUUAUAAUCAGACUCAUUGACCUUAAGAUUUCAUCAAAUAGUUGACUACAUUUUCAUGAUGACAGUAAAAAGUAAAUGAGUCACAAAUAUAUAUUUAACGGAAAAGAUCUAAUUGAAUGGAUAACAAUGAAAAGACUCAAAACUGAACCCAAAAACUGAAAAUAACUCAAAAUAACCAGAUUGAAGUUUAGGUUAAAACAAAAAACAACAUAAAUGUGAGACUCAAUUGUUGAAAAGCCAAACGUCUCAAAAUAGUCGAUCUCUAAUAAUAAUAAAAGUAAUUUUAAUUUUGUUUUCCAAAUAACAA